UAAAAUAUAUAAAUUAUUCUAACUACAUAAUGAUUUACCAAUAGAUAAACAGGUUAUCCAGUUAUAAUUACUGUUAUAAUUACCCAAUUGCACUGUCAACUGAACUAAUUGCAUGUGAUGGUGAGAAGGUAGAGAACUUGGUACCUGUAAUUAGCACCUGCUAGGUAAUCAGAUGCAGUAUCUGCACUUACCAAUGGUAUUAGUGUGUAAUUUGGAGGGUGUCAAGAGUAGGAGGGAGAACUCAUGUAAUUGGAUUGUGUGCUCAGGCCAGGUAUAUAUAGCUAUCCCUCUGGCUAGGCUCAUCAAUCAGUUCUUCUGGCUUCUAGCACUUCAGACCUUGUGGAAAUAUUUUACUGAGAGCAAGAGAAGUUUUGUGAAACUGAAAUCAUAGGAAAAAUUUUUUCCUAUCUUUAUCAAUAAUUUCAGGAUUGUUUCCCUUUUUGGGAAAAUUAUCUGUGAUAUUUUUUUUUGAUUUGUCAAUUGAGCAAAGAUGAAUGGGGCUAUAGUGUAUGAGAGGGAUUAUGCGGACCAUCAUAAUGUGGACAGGGAUAAUGGUUAUCCCCCUUCAACAGAGCCAUCUGUCAUGGCCCAGGGCGAGUACCCCCCUCCUUACUUCCCUCCACCCUACACCAUGCCAUCUCAGCCUCCCAUGGAUUAUCAUUUCAAUAACUCGUAUGCUCCUGUGUCCGACUACCAGCAGCAGGAGCAGCCCUCCCAACAGGAGUUCCAGGCUAUGCAUGGUGGCAUAGACAGAGUCCACGAGUACAAGAUUCAGGAUGGUGGUGCCAACAUCCACAGACCAGAACCGGUGAUGCCAGGAACUAUCCCUGUCAACUUCAAUGAACAAGGUAUGAUGAGUGGUGGAGUCCAGCAGGGAAUGCCACCCAUGAAUGGAAACUACCCAAUGGAGAAUUACAUCCCUAGAGAAAUGAGAGAGAUGAUGGGAAACUUUGAAGCACAGUCACAGAAAAGCCUGGUAGUCCAUGAGAAGGCUGGUCGCAAUGAUGUGGAUAUAUCUGCAGCUGCUGCUCCAGCUGAUGUUUUCUGUAUGGUGGAUGGAAGACUCUCCCUACUUAGCAGUACCACCAAGUACAAAGUCACAAUAGCAGAAAUACAGAGAAGAUUGUCUCCCCCUGAGUGCCUUAAUGCUUCACUGCUAGGAGGAGUUCUCAGAAGAGCCAAGUCUAAAAAUGGAGGAAGAUGUCUGAGAGAGAAGCUGGACAAGAUUGGAUUGAGUCUUCCUGCAGGUAGAAGGAAAGCAGCCCAGACAACACUCCUGACAUCUCUUGUGGAAGGGGAAGCUGUACGACUUGCAAGGGAUUAUGGGUAUUUGUGCGAGUCCGAGUUCCCAGCAAGGAAGUGUGCCGAAUACAACUGUAAGAAAUACCAGACAACAGACCCCCAGGAAAACAUGGCAAGGAAGAAUAUGGUGCUGGCCACUAAGCAGAUCCUGAAGGAGUUUAUGGAUAUCCUGAAUCAGGACCGAUCUCCCAUUGGAAACUCUCGUCCCCAACCAAUCCUGGAGCCUGAGAUACAGAGCUAUCUGACCAAUUUCAGUCUGAUUAGCCAUGGUUUUGGAUCUCCUGCCAUUGUUGCUUCACUUGCUGCAGUUCAAACAUACCUGACAGAAGUCCUCAAGGUCAUGGACAAAGGAUUUCUCAACGAUGGAUCGAUGCCACCCUCCAAGAAAAGAAAGUUGUAAGAAGGAAAGACGUUCUUUGCUCUGUAAAUAAAGUGCUUUGUGUGACAGUGUC